AUGGCAUGGAAUGAAUUCUGUUUGAUCAUCAUCUUUGGCCUUGCUUACAUAAUGCUACUUGGUGCUAGAAACCAUCUAUCUUCCAAGUUGUCAUUUGGAAUAUUUGGAGGGAAAGGAUUUGAUUUUCAUCCGUAUUGUUCAAAUUUGGAGCUAUCCAAUAUUGCAUUUGUAGAUGAUUUGUUUCUAAUAUCAGCAGUUAUUGAGCAUUCUUUUUGUUUGGUCAGAGACACGAUUGCUGAAUUUCGAAGUUUAUCUGGUUUGAAGCCUAAUCUUCAUGAGAGUAGUGUGUAUGUAGCUGGUGAGAGUGAUGAAGUGCGACAGCAACUGUGCAACACAUUAGAGAUGCCAAAGGGUGAACUACUAGUUAAAUACUUAGGUUCGUCUCUUAUUUCAACAAAACUCAGCUAUAAGGACUACCAACCUGUUUCUAUGAAGAUGCAGCAGAGGGUACAAAGUUGGGCAGCAAAAAAGCUUACCUAUGGAGGUCGGUUGCAGCUUAUCUUAUCUAUCCUUAGUGGUAUCUACCUCCGUUGGACUGGUGUUUUUAUACUACCCAAAGCAGUACUUAAAAGGAUUGACAACAUGUUAUCCUCAUUUCUAUGGUCUGGUGAAAUUAAAUCACGUUAUGUAGCAAAAGUAAAGUGGGAAGAUGUCUAUAAACCAAAGAAGAAUGGUGGACUAGGACUGCAGAACAUAGCCAACUGGAAUAAGUGUCUGAUCCUUAAGUUCAUUUGGAAUCUAUGUCAGAAAAAUGAUACUUUAUGGGUUAAAUGGAUACACUUUGUGAUACUGAAAGGACAUAGUCUUUGGGAAGUAAAAAUUCUUGUUGAUUGUUCAUGGUGUUGGAGAAAGUUGUUACAACGUAGGCAUCUUGCUCAGCCAUGGAUUAAAAUUGACAUUGGUAAUGAUGUGUGUUAUGCGAUCAAGACACUGAAUAUCUUAAACACUGAAUAUGGGAUAAAGUGCAAAAUUGUGCUUGCUAUAUAUGGGGUGCUUACCUUGGGAACAGGAAAUGGAUUGGAGAGGAAUAGAAGGAUUUUACAACAUGUUGCUACAAGUACUGGACAACUUCUUACAGCUAUCACUAAAGUUGUCCAAAUUGUGGUUGUUUCAUGGCCUAAAGCUCCUCGGAUUCAAGAGAAUUAG